UCUAAAAUUAAAAUACAAAUGAAAAAUAUGAAAGUAGAAGCUGAUUUAAUGUAUUAAUAAAACUAUAAUAUCAUAUAAAAAGCUCAAGCUUUUGACUUGGUUUUGUCAGAUUUCUGUCAGGUUUAUAUAAACUCAUUCAUCUCUGAAGAAAUUCCAUUUAAAAUAUUCCAGGUAUUUCUUUUAUUUUCUAUUUUAAUCAGAAUAUUUCAGACUAAAUGUGUUUUCUUGUGAAUAUUGUUUUAAUCCGUCCUGCCGGUCUUCCACAAAAAUCCCUUGAACUAACAGAAGCCACUUCCUGAAUGACAUCAUCCUGCAGGAAGUGACAUCAUUCUGGAGGGAAACCGAACAAACGUCAAUGUGAGUGCAGCAUCCAGAUAAAGUGUAAACCGUGAUGAACAUCUUGCUUCAAAGCCUCUGCUACGAGAGCAGAAGUGCUCCGCUGUGUCAGAAUGAGACACAAAGUCGAGCGAAGCAAAAUCUAUUGCGCUCAAAGCCCAGAAUCAGCAGGACGAGGAAAGCGUGGCGUCAGCAGAAGCCUAAAGCUCUUCAUUGUGCUGCGGAUCUCGCGAGACGCUGUCGCCCGCCGCGCGCAGUAUAUAUUGACCCGUCCAACUUUUCCCUCUCACACUUUGGUGCGUGUGGGUGAGUUUGGACACAAUCCAGUGGAGAUGUCGCAGUAUUCUGGAAAGAUCGUGUUUUACGAGGGCCGCUGCUUCACCGGCCGCAGACUGGAGGUCUAUGGAGAAUGCGAUAACUUCCAGGACCGCGGCUUCAUGAACCGGGUGAACUCUAUCCGCGUGGAGAGCGCCGCCUGGAUCUGCUUCGAUCAUCCGGACUUCAAGGGCCAGCAGUACAUCCUCGAGCGCGGAGAGUACCCCGAGUUCCAGCGCUGGAACGCACACAACGAUCACAUGGGCUCCUGCAAACCAAUCAGGAUGCACGGCGAGCAGUACCGCAUGCAGCUGUUCGAGGGCUGUAACUACACGGGUCAGUGCAUGGAUCUGUGCGACGACUGUCCCUUCCUUCAGAGCCGCGGAUUCAACACCAACUGCAUCAACUCCGUGCGAGUGUUCGGAGACGGAGCGUGGGUGAUGUAUGAAGAGCCGAACUUCCGCGGCCGCAUGUACAUCGUGGAGCGAGGUAAUUACUGCAGUCAUAACGAGUGGCAGGCGCAGAAUCCCAACAUCCAGUCCAUCCGCAGGGUCGUCAACUACUUCUAAACCCUCCAUCCUCCCGUGACCCCGUUUCUCUCUCAAUAUGUAAAAUAAACUCUCAAAACCACAGUCAAGAUGGUAUUUUAUCACACAAGAGUCUCUGUGUCUGUCUCUGGACUUCAUCACACCGCCAUCAACAUCAGUUCAGCUUCACAUUUAUAAACACUCUACUCUUCAGAUGCUUGGGUUCAGUCUGUUUAUCUUUAAAGAAAUUAAUACUUUUAUUCAUAAAGGAUGCAUUAAAUUGACCAAAAGUGUCAGUAAAGACAUUUAUAAUGUUACACAAGAUUUCUAUUCCAUAUAAAUGCUGU